CCCGCCAAGGACGAGGGGAGAUGCGGGGGCUCGGACACUCCUGCCCCGACACGCUUGUGCCGGGGGCGGGGAGCGGGAGGAGCCCGGUCCCUGCCAGCCCCACCUCGGGGCUCGCCCGGCGGCCCCAUCCCGUCGGCAUUUCCUCUCGGCUCCCCGCCUCCGUGACGCGGCCCCUUUCCCUCGGAAGAGGAAGCUCGGGCGCGGGGAGCCGCGGGGCCGAGCCGGGCCGGGCCGGGCGCGCCAUGACCGUCUCCCCGCGCAACCUGCGCGCCCUGUGGCCGCUCGCGCCCUGCGCCUGCACCGCGCUGCUCUGCCUGUGCCCGGCGCUGCGCGGCCGCGGGGCCGAGGACGGCGCGGGCUGCGGGCCGCUGCUCAAGGGCUCGGCGCUGCUGCUGCUGCUGCUGGGCUACCUGCUGCUGCGCUACCGCGGGGCCGCCGCCACCAAGCCCGGCCCCCGCGCCCCGGCCCUGGCCCCGCGGAGCCGCUUGGCGCGGCGGAGCCUGCUGGAGCGCUUCUACGAGCGGCAGCUGCGGCCGUCGCCGCACGUGCUGGGCCACAGCAAGGCGCACGUGAGCCGCAUCGUGGGCGAGCUGGUGCGGGCGGCCAAGGCGCAGGGGCUGCAGCCCGGCCCGCUGGCGCUGGCGCUGCGCGGGGACUUCGUGGGCGUGGGCAGCGCCUACGAGCAGCACCAGGUGCGCGGCGCCGACGCCUUCGACGUGCUGGUGCCGCUGCGGCCGCCGCCCCGCCGGGCGCUGGAGCCGCGGGGCGCGGGGCCCGGCGCCUUCGCCUGCGCGCUGAGCGGCGCGGGGCCCGAGGGCGCGGAGCGCGGCGCCGUGUCGUCGGCGCGGGUGCUGCGCUGGUUCCAGGGCCACGUGGCGCGGUGCCUGGGCGCCGUGCGCUACCGCCUGCAGGAGCGCUGCCGCCUCAGCCUGGCCGCGGGCGCGGGGCCGCCCACCCUGCUCGUGCGCCCGCGCUCCGACUACGUGUGCUGCCACCUGGCCCUGGCCGUGCGCCUCGUGCCCGCCCUGCCGCUGGGCGACGCGCUGUACCUCGUGCCCGCCCGCCAGGCCCUGUGGGCGCUCGACGCCUCCAAGCCCGAGCAGCGUUUGCUGGGCUGGCUCCGCCAGCAGGCGCCGCCCGACUCCUGCCACCUCAAGUGCCUGCAGAUCCUCAAGGGGCUGCGGGACCUGAGCGGGCGCGGGCUGGAGGGGCCGCUGGGCAGCCAGUGGGGCCGCGUGCUCUCCUCCUACGCCCUCAAGACGGCCCUGUUCUCCGUGCUGCUGCGCGGGCCCUGGCAGGCCUGGCAGGAGCAGUUCCUGGUGGAGCGGCUGGAGGAGCUGGUGCUGUACCUGCGGGACUGCCUGCACAAGCGGGUGCUCAUGCACUUCUUCCUGGGCAACCCCCGCGUGCCCGAGGCGGUGCCCGUGCCCAGGUUCCUCAGGGAGGCCGCCCCCCUCAACCUGCUGGCCGCCUUCGACGCCUCCACGCUGGACGCGGCUGCCGCCCAGCUGCUCAAGGCCUGGAGCCAGGCUCCCAAGAUCAUCAGGAUGUACAGCGGCCCCCGGCACUUGAGGAGGAGCCCCGCGCUGUGUCGGCACGUCCCCGAGGCCGGCCAGGAGGCCCAGAGCGACUGAGUGCUGCUGGCUGGCACUGCGCUGCCUGAGGAGUGGGUGCUCAAGGCCAGAGCCACCUGGAAAAGUGCCUGAGCUUCCUAGGGGGACGUGUACCAGCCUGGCAGCAGAAAACACAGCCAUUCCCCUGGCCUGGUACACCUAGGAAGCCAAGACUGAGACAUACCAAAGCUUUACCACUCCCCAGGUAGUUGUGAUUUUUCACAGAAGUCUUAUGAAGUUUGCAGGAAAACGCUGUUGCUGGUGGAUUUUUUUUUUCCUUCAGUCCUAACCACUUUUAAACCCAGUUCAGUACUUGGAUGCAUUGGAUGUGUUCGGACUGACACAUUUGGAGUCCUGUCUUUAAAUUCUAGUCAUAAAAGUGACCCCAUCCAGAGCUUUCUCCUCCUUUAUGCAAAAGAGCACCCGGGUCAAGGUCACUGGGAUGCAAAAGAUGUCAGCGCACUUGGGUACUUCAUUUGGUGAGAAGGGCAAGAGAUCUGGCUGUGAGGGUUUCUUCCUCAUCAAUUAGAAUUUCUAAGCCAUUGCCCAGUGAGACCUUCAGGGUGGUCUGUCUAAUCUAAUAUACUGUGCUAAAUGUAGAAGAAUAAUAUGCAAAUUUAAUAUAAAAUUAAAUUAUGAGGUGUGAAAAAGAAACCUGACAACUGUGGGAAGAAUCAAGCUGUACAUUUGUAUUAAAAUGAAGGUCAUUCUGAAGGAUUAAAGUAGGAUAAUACAGCUUGUAGGGGAAAGAAAAAUAAUAGCACUUUAUUUUCAUAAAGGCCUUCAUGUUGUGGAAAUUGGCUGCACUAAAUGUUUGAAUAUAAAAGAGGCAUUAUUUUGUUUAUUAUUAAAAGUGGUUGAUAGGCAAGUUGUUUUCAAUGAGCCUUUUUGUCUCAAUAAGCACAUUUAGGCCUAAAGCAUUAGUCUUCCUUAGAAGUAGCCUUAUAUUUAAGGAUUACCAAAGAACUGCUUCUUUGCUAUAGUGCAGAAGUUUAAAGUAAUCCACUCCAAAAUGUGUUGUUUUAAAGUAUUUGUAGUAGCUACACCUUCUCCAAUAAUGGGGUCCUAGUUGAAGGACCCUAACACACUCCCCAGUUGUGGCAGCUUUCAGGUCUACAAGAGACCAGGAAGUACCAUGGGUGGGUGGUUUUAUAAUGCUAUACUGCAGCAAAAUAUGUCUGUAUUUAUUUUGGUGAAGUAUUUCAGGGUACCUUUACAAUUUUCCAGGACUUGGAACAACAUCAUGGUACAGCAGGUCAGUUUUUAGACUUAGCAUCUCCGGUGUUUGUUCCUUUAGUAUAAACAGCAGCAAGGUAGUUUCUACAUGUUGUGGAAAGACUUUAUCUGAAUACCUCAGACAACAACAUUUCAAUUUACUUGGAAGUUAGCACUUAUUCUGUUUGCUGUGCAUUGUACACUUCUCUCAUUUUUUUUCAGCUAAAACCCAAAACUAUGGUAGGCCUUAUGGGGCCAAGGUUGCAUUAAAUUAUAGUUUGUGGAUAAGGCUCAGAAAGUUUCAGUGCGAUUUACUCUGUAAAAUGUUCUUGGCUUCUGCUAAAAGCAAUUGAAGUGUGUGGAACUAAAUGCAACACAGGGUGCCUGCAGAACUGCAGCAAAGCCGUCCCAGGUUUUUGUUGUUGUAAUACAGCAUACCACCCUUGUACAUAUUUAAUACAUUUUAUAUUUCAAGAUAUGAGCUAAGACCCAAACCCUGCAUAAAGUUAAGCACAUGCCUUAAUGUUUUUAGGAGUAUGUCUAAUGUGAACUGUAAGCAGUCUUUAAUUAUAAAUUGGUAAAUGAAUUUGGAGCAGCUGGAAAAUUUUGAAAUGCCAAAAUCAGGCCCUAAUUGUAGUAUGUUGGCAUGUUCCCAUGCUCUUCCUUAACAGUUUUCUGCAAUAGAAAAUAGCAAACUUUUUAAUCUUUAGCUUUUUCAGUCAAAAACAUUCCUACACACAUGCCUGUUUUAUAGGUGUUUUAAAACUUUUAAAAUCUUUUAUAUUCAGGUAAUGUCAAUUGGUGUGAUACUUUCUCAGUUUAGAUGAUUUCUAUAUGGGCAUUGUGCUUCUCUUUUGCAAAUACAAAGGGUAUAUUUAUAGUCAAAUGUUAUUCGUUUGUGGUAAUCUAAACCUAUGAAAGUUCCCUUGGUUGGCUUUUUGGAAGGCUAUAAUGUGUGUUUAUCAUCUGGCAUACAAACCAGGGGAGCUACUCUGCUUUCCUUAGUCACUGGAGUCUUUGCCUGAGGAAAGACUAUAGAAUUGGACCAAUAUAUUCUGGUUGCCUGUUGCUUGGAGCAUUUAAUAAACAUAUAUUCAGUAAUGUAUUCUGACACCAGGGCUACCUUAAUGAAAUACCUGUUUGUGUAACGUUGUCUUGGAGAAGCAAUGAUUUGGUAUGUGUUCAAUGUUGGUUGUUAUAAUACAUGGAAAUGUAUUAUAGAUGUAUAAAUAUUUUAUUACUAUUCUGCAGUGAUGCCACAGAAGGGAAGUUACAUGAAGGAAUGCAUAAUAAGGUAUGGUGCAGGGUUAUCAAUAGCUUUGAAAGGUGAUCUCGAAUGUUGGGGUGAAAGACAAAUGAGGAAGACUUGUAACUCUCAGUGGGGUAGCCGUAUGGAUAAUCCAAAAGAAAAGGGGUGGGAAGUGGAGAAAAAUCUUUAGGCAGAUCAAGACAGAAGGUUGGAAACAAGGGUUUUAAUCAUGCACUACAUUAAACAGUGCCUUCAAGUUGUAUGUUAAAUACAGAUAAGCCUUUAUGAAUUUAUGAAGGCCUCAGCCUUGCAUGUUACAGGCAAAACUUUUGUUGCUUUUCAGCUUAUUAAUAUCAUUGAAUCCAACUAGUCCUGAUUGGGAGUUCUUGUUGGAUACAGAACAAUACGUGGGAGGGGGAAUUCUUUGUGACGUUAACAACCAAAGCAAAUUUAGGUCCUGAUCUUGGACAUGCCUUUGUGCCUACAUUAAUCUUAGUUGUACGAGCAGCCCAACUGAAGUCAGUGGGACUGUUCAAGUGAAUGAAGUUAAGUGCACAUACACAAUUGGUUGUAGAAUCAGAGACUGCAAUCACUAAACUGUACCUCUGUUAUGUGCAGUUCAGGCAUGGGUUGGUAUUUACUUUAAUAGUUUAUCUGCUAUAAUGCAGAUAGGUAUGUUCAUAUUUGACCAAAGUGACAAGUGACCUUUGGGUUCAGUUUAGCAUAGUCAUUUUCUACAACACGCAAACUACUCUGGUGUGAUUGUUAGUUUCCUGGUGCUAUUUUUGGGCUUUAUCCAGUAAAUAUGCAUGUGUAGAACUUGACUCAUGAUUAUCCAUUGAUCCCCUCCCUCCCUGGGUUUAUUCAUAUAAGUGAAGUUCUGUACAAGUAUUUGCAGGAUUAAGACCAUGACCAGUUUUGGUGUAAUGUAUAUUUAAAUUGAAAAUUGAAUGCAAUAAAGAACCACAUAUUACUUAGACACAUAUAUUUUAACUACAAAGCCAAUUUUGUAAGGUGUAAGAGUUAUGAGGUUGUCUUUUUAUUGGGGACGUGGAAGCUACAGUUUUUUAAUUCAUAUAAGUUUCUGACUUUGCUCUGUAUUUGAAAUUGGUAUCUCUGCAAAGACAGCCUCAUUUCAUAAGACUCUUAAGCAUUCCUCCUUAUGUUUUGAAUCUUUUUGCAGUGUAAUACAAAUAGUGCUAUAUGUCUGUCUGGAUUAGACAUUUGUGGUACAGUUAUUUUGACCAAAGAUUUAACUGAAUAAUUGUUCAGCUGCUAUUGUUUUAAGAAAGUGUUUAUAUUCUUAAAAUGUUAGCCCAUUUCUAAACAAAUGUUAUAAAUUCAUUUUCUAUUUAAUAACAAAAUACAUUUGCACUUUUAUUGUUUCUGACCAAGUUGGAGUUUUUGUUACCUGUUUUUAAUAUUUCAUUAUUAAUAAACCACUGUUUUGAAAUA